GACGUGUCACCUGCUAAACGAAAGUUGCGUUUUAUUUUUUCAUUUUCUUCGAAAGUUUCGUUUUUAUUUUUUCUUCUUCUUCUCUCGCAAACCUCGAGCAGGCGAAACGGCGAGAUUUUUUUCCCUCACCGUCGUCUCCUCUGUCCGGCCAUUGAAACACCGGGGCGACCGUCUCCUCGUCGACCGCAGCGAUCAUCACGAAACGACAACGUUUCGAGGAAGAAGAAGAAGAAUAUGGGUUCUAAAGUCGAUAAAACAAAGAGAGCUCUAAUCGGAGCUGGUGGUCGGAUCCUGUUUUACCCAACUCUUUUUUACAACCUCGUCCGCUUCAAACUCCAGUCUCAGUUCCGAUGGUGGGAUCAAAUCGAUGAGUAUCUUCUGAUGGGAGCUGUUCCAUUUCGUAAGGAUGUUUCGAGACUAAAACAUCUAGGUGUUGGUGGCGUAAUCACUCUUAAUGAACCUUUUGAGACUCUGGUACCAUCUUCUUUGUACAAUGUAGGUUCUUCAAUCCCCCCUCCGAAGUCUUGUGUUUUUAAAAUCCGUUUGUGGAGUAUUUUGAUGAUUUCAAAAUUGUUUUUAAAGGCUUAUGAAAUGGAGCAUCUAGUGAUACCAACAUGUGAUUACUUGUUUGCUCCUUUGAUUGCUGACAUAACUCGAGCCGUUAACUUCAUUCACAGUGAGUGUUAUGUGAUGUUGUGCUUCUCUUUUACCCUUAUUUGCAUUUGGUCCGGUUGCUUACUAUGUGCAUUCCCUUUUUAUGUAACAAGUUACUGAAUCAACCGUUUAUUCGGUACUAAGUAGAGUAGUUAUGAUGAUCAUAUCUCACCUUUCCCUCAUGUAUUCUGCAUUAAGUAGAUUAGUUAGUUCGAUGGUAUCUAGCCUUUUCUUCAUGCGUCAACCCAAUAAUGUAGCUAGUUUAGACAAUUCAGGCUCUGUGUCUGAUCCCGAAACUCCUGGUUGCUGCAACCCAAAGACUCUGCUUUUACUUAAACCAUCUGAUGAUCUUAUGGACCUAAUAAGCUUUGAUGAUGAACGAAAAACUAAGAAUGACAAAGACUGCAGUAAUGAAGAGACAGACACUGCAGCUCGUGGUUCUUCAUCAUCUGAGUAGGUUUCAGUAAUGGCUAAGUAUGUAUCUUUUGUAAAUGUAAUGUUUGACAUUCAAAGUUUGGUUGAGUUGCAAAAUCUUUUGUAAAUGUAAUGUUUGACAUUCAAAGUUUAGUAUUAAAUAUUUUUAAAUUA